AUGGAUUCGGAAGCAGAACCAGCAGAGCUGAAGUGGUCCGCUCAAUACGAACUCGCGCACGUAUCUCGAAGCACGCUACCGGGCGACAAACUUCUCCUUCCACCAUCAGCGUUGGAGCAGCUUCUCGCUGCGGCGCCCGUUGUUCACGUCGACGAAAAUCGACCGCACAUCACCGCUUUCGAUCCCUUCAACCCGUACACGUUCAACGCCGAACGCCACGCAAGACAACAGACGCAGGAUCGCUUCCAGCAGCUACCCCACCCACUUACCUUUCGACUCGUGAACCCGGAAAAUGGCAGAGUUGUACAUGCAGGGAUACGCGAGUUCUCUGCAGAAGAGGGCGAGAUCGUGUUGAGCAGUUUCCUGAAGGAGGCGUUGGGAAUCCAGACACAAUCUGCAGAGCCGUCGAGAGAUGCUAGUCCAAAUGGCCAGGAAGAAGUCGAUGCGGCCAUGUCGAACGGAGCAGCACCGCUCGAAAACAACGGUGCUGCAUCCACAAAGAUUACAGUGCAUGCCAAACAGCUGCCCAAGGGCACUUUUGUAAAGCUACGGCCGCUCGAAGCUGGUUAUGACCCAGAGGACUGGAAAUCGCUACUUGAGGAGCAUCUUAGGUCCAACUUUACGACAUUGACGAAUGGCGAGGUCUUGGUUGUAGACGGUGGCCGAGGGGUUGGUGGUAAGCGCGAGGAGUUUCGUUUCCUUGUAGAUGGUUUCAAGCCCGAAGGAGAUGGGAUUUGCGUCGUAGACACGGACCUGGAGGUGGACAUCGAGGCUUUGAAUGAAGAACAAGCACGCGAAACAAUGAAGAGGAUAGCUGCGAAGAUGCACCGUGCACCCGGAACGUCGCAAGGUAGUUCUACUGGCGGGCUGGUUGACAUAUUUAAUGCGCAAACCGGACAAGUACUUGAAGGAGAAUAUGUUGAUUUCGAGCUGUCGUCAUGGGAUAGAUCUCGAGGCUUGGAAAUUCUCUUAGAUGAAGUGGACGAUGAGGAUGAGAUUGAUCUAUUCGUCAGUCCAUAUUCAUCACGACAAAGAGCUCGCCCACGGGAAGACGAGCAUGUCUUUGCAGUCGUAACAAGCCAGUACCCGAAACGCAUACGCCUGCGGCCUACAAACGUCGAACUCGACGAUGCAGAAGCUGUGUGGAUUUCAGUCCACGCAUACCCAUCCGAAUCACCUUCAAACACACCCAAACCCUUCCGCUUGAAGGUGUCGGUUUACGAUCCCAACACAGAAGCAGAAGAUAAAAUGGAAGAUGUUCUGGAGUCCAAUGGAACGGUGGAACCGGACGAAGUAAUUUGUCAAAACUGCAAACAACGAGUGCCCAAAGGCUCACUCUUUUUGCAUGAGAACUUUUGUUUGAGAAACAACAUUCUCUGCCCACAAGGUUGCGGACAAAUCUUUCAGAAGCGUUCGCCUGCCUACCAAACCCACUGGCAUUGUCCCCACGAUACCUUCACUGGUAACACUCCAUUAAGUCGACAGAAACACGAUGCUCUCUACCAUACGCCACAGGUUUGCUCGACUUGCGAUAUGGACUUUCCGUCGAUACCCAUGCUCUCACACCACAAGACUACAGUUCCACAGGAAGGUGAUCCGAAUGAUCAGUCCCCAGAACUCCUCCUUUCCGGUCUUACACCACAUGAACUAGCAGACGGCGGCCGAACAACAGAAUGUCACCUCUGCAACAAGAUCGUCCGCUUUAGGGAUAUGGACACACAUCUCCGACAUCAUGAUCUGGAACGCCUAUCCCGCCCUCCACCGCGCAUGUGUCGGAACGUUAAUUGCGGCCGUACUCAAGAUGGUGCAAACAAGGCAGGCGAUACACGAGCUGGAACGCGCAAAGGUCAAGGCCCAGGCAACGAGAUCGGCUUGUGCAGUGUCUGUUUCGGACCUCUCUACGUCUCUCUGCACGACCCAGAAGGCAAAGCACUCCGCCGCCGUAUCGAGCGCCGCUACCUCUCUCAGCUACUUACCGGCUGUGGGAAGGCUUGGUGCAGGAACGAGUAUUGUCGCACCGGCCGUAAGAACUUGGGACAGGAAGACAAGUCUGUACCCACUAAAGACGCUAUCCCACUCGUGAAGCCAUUCUUGCAGGGCAUGGACGGGAAGGGUUAUGACACUCCGCUGCACUUCUGCGUCGACGAGAGGACGCAGAAGUCUAGAACGCUGGCUGAGAUGGUUGCUGCAGAAAAGGGCAUUGAGGGCAAAGGUGGAUACGGUCUAGAGUGGUGUAUUGCUGCAAUGGAAGCUGAAGGUGGAGAUCUAGACAAGGCGAGGAGCUGGCUCAAGGGGUGGGCACCUCAGAGAACGGAGGCUAGCUAG